AUGGAAAUCCGUAGUUCGGAGAGUGUACUUUUGUCGGUUUCCGUUGCUGCGAGCCUCUGCUUCUGGGGAUGGACGUGGUGGAAGAAUAGAGAAGAUCAAAAGCUAAUGGGGUCAUCAGGACGCUUCAACCCCGUCGUUUAUCAUCAAGCUCGGUCUCCGGGAUCCCCGCGGACACGUGGCGCAUUUAAGAAGCGCGGAUGCACUUGUAAGCUGAUUAAUACCAAGGAUGAUUGUCUACAGAAUAAACAGAAGAACAAAUGGAAUGGUAGUGAUGAGGAGGAAAUCGAUACAGAUGCUAAUCUUAUUCCAUCGUCAAUGCGAUCUACUCGACAUGUCAUGCUCAAUCGAUGA